AUGCUACGCAUUGAUGGCACUCUUGUAGCUCCAUCUAAUUAUAACAUGAUCGGAAAUUCUGGUACCUGGAUCAAGUUCAAAAGAGUGACCGAAGUUUCUGUCAUUGGUGGAACCCUAGAUGGACAAGGGGCUAAUUUGUGGGCUUGCAAGAAUUCUGGUAGGAGUUGUCCAAAAGGAUCGACAACACUGGCUUUCUACAAUUCCAGAAACAUUAGGAUCGGUGGAUUAUCUUCAAUAAAUAGCCAGAAGUUCCACAUUCUGGUUUAUGGAAGCCAAAACGCCCAGCUGGUUGGAAUAAAGGUUUCAGCACCAGGAAACAGCCCAAACACCGAUGGAAUUCACGUGGAGAAAUCAACACAAGUCACAAUUAUGAUCUCAAAAAUUGGCACUGGUGAUGAUUGUGUCUCUAUAGGCCCUGAAACCUCCAACCUGUGGAUCGAAAAGGUCACCUGUGGCCCCGGCCAUGGAAUAAGCAUUGGGAGUCUAGGGUGGGAAUUGCAAGAACCUGGAGUGCAAAAUAUAACAGUUAAGUCAGCUACAUUUACAGGAACUCAAAAUGGGGUGAGGGUGAAGACAUGGGCCAGGCCAAGCAAGGGAUUUGUUAAAUAUGUUCUUUUCCAACAUAUUGCAAUGGUUAACGUUGAAAAUCCAAUCAUUAUAAACCAAAAUUAUUGUCCCGACAACAACAAUUGUCCUAAUCAGGUUUCAAGUGUAAAGAUUAGCGAUAUAACUUAUCAAGACAUACAUGGGACUUCAGCAACCGAAAUCGCGACGAAAUUUGACUGCAGUAAACGAUAUCCGUGCAGUGGUAUCACCUUGAAUGAUGUUAAGCUGACUUACAAAAACGAACCGGCUCAUUCAUUAUGCAUUAACACCCAUGGGAAGGUCUGUUGA